UCACUGGCAGGCGAGGCAGAAGUGACCCGGGUGUGUUUCCUGUUUCUGAAACAAACAAGCAUUAAAUAAAACACGGAGGCAAAAGCAGUAAAGCAACAUAUAUCAUAAGGAAGGUGUCAUGGAGUCGUAUGACAUUAUCGCCAAUCAGCCUGUUGUAAUUGAUAAUGGUUCUGGUGUUAUCAAAGCUGGAUUUGCUGGAGACCAGAUCCCAAAAUACUGCUUCCCAAACUAUGUGGGCCGUCCUAAACACGUGCGUGUGAUGGCAGGUGCUCUGGAGGGAGAUCUCUUCAUUGGUCCCAAAGCUGAGGAGCACAGGGGGCUGCUGUCUGUGCGCUAUCCCAUGGAGCACGGCAUCGUGAAGGACUGGAACGACAUGGAGCGUAUCUGGCAGUACGUCUACUCCAAGGAGCAACUGCAGACCUUCUCAGAGGAGCAUCCUGUGCUGCUCACAGAGGCACCCCUGAACCCCAGUAAGAACCGGGAGCGGGCAGCAGAGGUGUUCUUUGAGACCUUCAACGUGCCGGCCCUCUUCAUCUCCAUGCAGGCCGUGCUUAGCCUGUACGCCACGGGGCGGACGACUGGCGUGGUGCUGGACGCCGGUGACGGUGUGACGCAUGCCGUACCCAUCUACGAGGGCUUUGCCAUCCCGCACUCCAUCAUGCGAGUGGACAUCGCCGGGCGAGACGUCUCCCGCUACCUGAGGCUACUACUGCGAAAGGAAGGCUAUGACUUCCACACUUCGGCCGAGUUCGAGGUGGUGCGCACCAUCAAAGAGAGAGCAUGCUAUUUAUCACUGAACCCUCAAAAGGACGAGACUUUAGAGACAGAAAAGGCACAGUACACCCUCCCUGACGGCAGUGCGGUGGAAAUCGGACCUGCUCGCUUCCGGGCCCCAGAGCUGCUGUUCCGGCCGGACCUUAUUGGAGAUGAGAGUGAGGGAAUUCACGAAGUCCUGGCCUUCGCCAUUCAGAAGUCUGACAUGGACCUGCGACGCACGCUCUACUCCAACAUCGUCCUGUCGGGAGGCUCUACGCUGCUCAAAGGUUUUGGAGACCGGAUUCUAAGUGAGGUGAAGAAACUUGCACCAAAAGAUGUAAAAAUCAAGAUCUCUGCACCCCAGGAGCGAUUGUAUUCCACUUGGAUUGGAGGUUCUAUCCUGGCAUCGCUGGAUACCUUCAAGAAGAUGUGGGUCUCCAAGAAGGAGUAUGAGGAGGACCGGGGUCGUGCCAUCCACCGAAAGACCUUCCAGUAGAAGAGGGAGGAUCAGAGUCAUGGUGCCACUGCACCAUCCCAGUACUAUAUGCCCCGGCCCUGUGGUCCCAGUCCGCCUGUUCCCCCAUCAUUCCUAGCACCUCCCAGGAGAGACCCGGCCAAUCUCUGCAGCCUGGCACUUCCUCAUUCCCAGAUCUGUUUCAAGACUCAAGUGGUUUGACUGGGCAGUCUGAGAUAUGCCCACUACUCUCUCCCCACAUCUGUGAGGUGACUGUUUUCAUCCAUGAGAAUGUAAGAGACAGUGCAUUGUUAGGGGCAAGGCUAUACUCUUCACAUGCAUGUAUUUACAAUAGCAUUUAACUAACCCAAUAUGAUAUCAUUAUAUGUUCUAAGAAAAAAUAAGGUCUAUGAUAAACAUCUAUUGCUCCAUGAAUUUCAUUCCAAAAUGGCCAGAUUUUUUCUUUUUUUUUUUGUUUUUCGCCAAGCUUAAAAGCACAAGUUAUGCUUGCAUUGAAAUACAAUAAAUGUAUUUUAAUACACGUAUUUCUUAACAAAGUGUGCUAAAUUAAGACAGAGAAUAUCCCUGCCAGAAAACAAUGUCCUUUUUUCUAUUGCCAUUGCUUAAUGCUGCUAUAUGCCCCCCCCCCACCCCACGUUUACCUGCAGAGCUUGUCUGUCACCCUUAACGGUUGAGCUGGUGAGGCUAAUAUAUAAAUGAUGGGAGGGAUUACUAUACUAUCACUGCCUAACAUGGAUGCUGAUGAAAAUCAACCAGUAGGAAGUGAGUUUAAACGGCAUCACAUAAUCCCACCCACUGUCAGUUUCAAAGCCUUCUCAUUUAUCAUUGCUCUAUGUUUUUCCAUUUUUUCCCCUACAAUCAAACAGAUUUAUCCUCAGGUUUUCUUCGUGAUUCAUGUUGGACCGCAGUAUAAUAAGUUAUCACAGUUUGAUUGAUCUUGCAUGCCUCAUGUGUUUGUCAGAAACAGAAAUAUUACAUGAAUAGUCUCUGUUGGACAUCCAGUCUUUUCCUGUAAGUAAAAACCUCUAUAAGGCUGGUGAAAGACUGAUUAGUCUGUAAACAUUAACACUAAGUCUCUGUGGGGACCUUGUGACCUAGUGUUGUGGACAGUAGUGUCCUGUAAAAAUGAGCUUUUGGCUCAUGUUUUGAGAAGCCUUCUGUUAGCUUUUUGAUGCUGGCUUUAGUGAUGCCUUAAAGGAAAAGCUUUAAUUGGCAGCCAUGAAAUUUUAAGAACUCAACACAAAAGCUUAUAUUGCAUUUUUUUCUUUUGAAUUCCUCCACUUAACCAUAACAAUGUUAAUAUAAACUAGGUAGAGGAGGGUAUCUUUCAUACGUUUAUUUAAUUAAAAGUGUAUAGAUAGAAUAGUAUUGUGAUUUAAAAUAAGACAAAUGCUUUUUUAUGCGGGUAAAAGGUGUUUGUCUUUUGCAGGCUGUCUUGUGGAUAAUUCCCUGGCCAAUUUUGUCCAAUUCCAGGUUUACUUUGUAAAAGAGCAACUCUCCAGCAGUCUGACUGUAUUUCAGUCAGUCUUUUUUUAAUAGCAUACAGAGUCUUAUUCUCCCAUAUAAACCGUUGCUAAAAUACAGCAGGAGGACUGACAUGUACAAUAUGUUGAAGUGUUGCUUGUACUGUUUAUUUUGUAAAGUCAUCAUAAUAAAGUUAAUGACAGCUGUC